CAAAUGGAUGCUCCCCCUGAUAAAUGGGAUUUUUAAUUGGUUUUCAGUAUACAUAUUGAAAUUUCGAAACCAGAUGAUUCAUCUCGGAUAACGGCGCACGGUUAAGAAACCAAGUUUUUAAAUAGAAUGCCGGAAUUCAGUGUUGAUUUGGCAUCGUCGAAGAAUUGUUUGUUGGAGUUGGAGAACUGUCAUUGGAAUUCAAUGGUGCUGUGCUGUGGUCAGCUGCUGCUGUAAAUGAACGUACAGGGCAAAGAGAGGCAGAGCAGACGGUCUUUCUUUGUGCCACUUUGUUGUUCCAAGAUGUGUCUGUGUUGACCAAAUCCGUGAGCUUAUUUGGUAGCCGUUCGGGGAAAGGAAAGUUCACUUUAAGAUAUGGCAUUCAGUCUAUUUGAUGAAAUAAAACGAAAUGUAUUGUGUAAUAAGAUUGUGCCACAACUUGUUGUGGAGUGAUGUGAUCGUUAUAUUUGUUAACAAUUCUUGAUUCGGGGUAAUAACUAGAUGGAGGACAAGGGGGUGAAACCACGACCUCGAUCAAAUUCAGCGAGAGUAUUGGUUUUUAAUGAGCCGAAGCCUGGCAUUCGAUUGGAACAGAGGCAAAAUUCUUGCGCUGAAUCAUGGAUAUCGCGAAAACAUCAAUCAGAUCCAGAAAAUGGCAAUUCUAACCUAGUUAGGAUAAGAAAGUCGGCUUUGGGAAAGUCGGCUCCAUCCUUGUCCUUAAAUAUGAAGGAGUCAUGUCCUGCGAGCAGGAGGAACAGCAGCAGAUCGGCCGCAAUUCACAGGCUGAGUUUCGUCUCCAAUACAAGUCCAAUACUACAAAGAUCUCAUUCGCCGGUUUGCGGUAGCCCACUCGACAGUCCCAGAACACACACAUCAAGCUUCAACAACUUCUCAUUCGCACCAAUCAAAAGAAUUGUCGCCGGUUACCGCGGAGAUGGACGCCGAUGGUCGGUCGCUUCCUUGCCAUCGUCUGGCUACGGAACCACACCAGGAAGUUCGAAUUUAUCGUCGAAGUGCUCUAGUCAAGAACGGCUGAACCAGUUACCGCACAUUCCCACAUCGGAAGACAUCCAAAUCCUCACGCACCAUUUUUCGAGUAACGAAAGCAACGCGUCGGGCGCGAGCGGCGGCGAAGAGAACUCCACCGCCAGCCACAGAUCGCCGCUGCACCGGCCCAGAUCUCGCAGCUUGAGCAGCCCGAGCAGAUCUCCGAUCAUCGACAACGAAAUUUGCAUGAUGAACGUCUUGUACAAAGAGCGCUUUCCGAGGGCCACACAGCAAAUGGAGGAGAGACUGGGCAAGUUCAUCGAAGAGAACAAAACGUUGGAUUUCGGGAAGGAUUGCGAUUGCCUGCCGAUCGUGCGGUUCGUCCACCACCAGGUCCUCGAAAUAGCGAGAGAUUGCCUCUACAAAUCGCAAACUAAGCUUAUUACCAGUCAGUAUUUUCGCGAGAUGUCGGAGAAUUUAGAAAGAUUAUUAACAGAGACUAAAGACAAAUCCGAAGACGCAGCUAAUUUAAUGAUGAGCUUCAUCAAGAAGCUACUGUUUAUUAUAUCUCGGCCGGCCCGUUUGUUGGAGUGCUUGGAAUUCGAUCCCGAAGAGUUCUACCACUUCCUCGAAGCAGCCGAGGGUCAAGUGAAGGGCGUGCAAGGCAUCAAGGCGGACAUCCCGCAGUACAUCAUACAGAAGCUCGGCCUGAACCGCGAUCCCAUAGCCGAGCUCCAGCAGGAGUUGCGGGAUUGCACUUGGGCCAACGAGAACAAGCCCGUCGUGCUGAAUUCGACGCCGACCAUGAGGAAGACCCUGGCCAAUCCGAACGAGCACGACUUCGACGUGGUGAAGCUGAUCUCUAACGGCGCCUACGGCGCCGUGUACUUGGUGAAGCACAAGCAAACCCGCCUGCGAUUCGCCAUGAAGAAGAUCAACAAGAACAACUUGAUGUUGCGCAACCAGGUCGAGCAGGUUUUCGCCGAGAGGGACAUCCUGAGCUUCGCCGAUAAUCCGUUCGUCGUCAGCAUGUACUGCAGCUUCGAGACCAAGAAACACCUCAGCCUCGUGAUGGAGUACGUGGAGGGCGGCGAUUGCGCCAGUUUGUUGAAAAACAUCGGCCCCCUGCCGGCCGAUAUGGCUAGGUUUUAUUUCGCCGAGACGGUCCUGGCCGUUGAGUAUUUGCAUUCCUAUGGGAUCGUACACAGGGAUUUAAAACCGGACAACCUCUUAAUAACAGCGUUGGGCCACAUAAAAUUAACCGAUUUCGGGUUGAGUAAAGUUGGAUUAAUGUCACUGGCCACGAACCUGUACGAAGGAUACAUGGACACGGAGUCGAGGAAGUUUUCCGACAAGCAAGUGUUCGGCACCCCGGAGUACAUCGCCCCCGAAGUGAUAUUGAGGCAAGGGUACGGCAAGCCAGUCGACUGGUGGUCGAUGGGCAUCGUCCUCUACGAAUUCCUGAUCGGCUGCGUCCCGUUCUUCGGCGAUACGCCCGAAGAAUUGUUCGCGCACACCGUGCAAGACGAGAUCGAAUGGCCCGAGAACGAGGACUGGCCGGUGCAAGAGGAAGCCAAGGACCUCAUAAUAUCGCUGUUGCAGCACUCGCCGAGAGACAGGCUCGGCACGGGCGGCGCGCACGAGAUCAAAGAGCACGUCUACUUCCACGGCAUCGACUGGAACUCGUUGCUCCGCAAAAAGGCCGAAUUCAUACCGCAACUCGAACACGACGAGGACACGAGUUACUUCGACAGUAGAAUCGAUCGUUAUUGUCACGAACUGGAAGACGAUACCGACGACACCGACGAUUCGCCGGUGUUCGGCUUGUUCUCAUCGUGCUCUCCUCAAUACAAAAAAGUCUCCGAAAUGAGUUCCCACAGCACCGACACGGAUCCGGAGAAUAACAGCACUUUAUCGCUGAAGACCAGCGCCUCCGAAUCUUCGGUACCCGGAACUCCGGAUACGAUAGAAUGCAAACCUAGACCCAGGCUGCCCGAUUAUUUAACACCGAGAACGAUAGAGAAGAAGAAACCCGAAAACAAGAUGAUAUCGCUCGAUUUAUCGUCCUGCACAAUAACCACACCUGAAUCAUCCCAAACGGACAGCGACGACGUUUCGCCGCAGAUCAACCGAAGGAAAAAAGCGGUCGUUCACACGCGAGAUUUUCUACCGAAAUUUUCGAUUUCCGUCGAAGACGACCACUGCACCGGAUCCUACAUAACCGAGAACAAAGAUUUCCCAUCGCUGAGCCAAUUGAAGGCCUCCGGAUUGUUCGGGCACUCCUCGAGGUCCGUCGUAAGAAGCGCCAGCACCUCCGGACUCUCCCUCAUGAUACCGGCAGACGAAAUAACAACAACGCAGAUCAUCCACUCGCCGGGCGCGGGCGGCGGCUCGAGCACCGCCAGCUCGCGGGACACUUCACCUUGUCGCGAGCUGUCCCCCUUGGGCACGACCCUGAAGCCGCCGAUCAUCAUCCGGCGCGGGCCGAAGGGCUUCGGGUUCACCGUGCACACCAUACGCGUGUACUACGGCGACACGGACGUCUACACCAUGCACCACCUGGUGAUGGCCGUCGACGAGGGCAGCCCCGCGUUCGAGGCGGGCCUGCGCCCCGCCGAUCUCAUCACCCACAUCAACGGCGAGACCGUGCAGGGGCUCUACCACACGCAGGUGCUGCAGCUGCUGCUCGGAGGCGCCGAGCACGUCAGCUUGAGGGCCACGCCUUUGGAGCAGACGUCCAUAAAGACGGGCGGGAGGAAGAGGGAGCCCGGCCAAAGUAAGCUGGCCAAGCGGAGCUUGAAUCGACAGAAGAAGCAGAAGAAGGAGAGCGACAAGCGCAGGAAGACGUCGCUUUUCAAGCGAAUCAGCAGCAAGAGGGCUAACGUGGAGAUGCAGCAAGUGAAGAUUUCUAGCAGCGGCCUUCAAUCGCCCGUCGGCGUGACGCCCAGCAGAAGUUUCCAAUCGUUCGCGAAAGGCGGCGAGAGCGCAUUCAGUUCAUCGACCGUCCGACCGGUCCCGACGCGAGCCACCCUAUCGGCGGCCGAAUCGUUCUCGCUCGCCGCGGCGGCGUUCUCGAACCAAUCCACCUCGUCGGAGAGCCCCUCGCCGACGGCGGUCGCGUCGAACCGCGCCGGCAAACAGCACUACCAAAGGCCGUCGACGUUGCACGGCCUCAAGCACAAGCUCCACACGACGGGCUGCCCGAAAUCCCUGCACGCCGCCGGCCCCACUUGCUCGCCUUCGGUGCAGAGCCGCCGGAAAUCGGUCGGGCACAUCCCGCUGUCGCCGCUCGCCCGGACGCCGUCGCCGUCGCCGUUGCCGGCGUCGCCGACGAGGUCGCCGAGUCCGCUGGCGUUUCCGAUCGGCCACCAGCCCGGCAGCUCGAACACCACGCAAUCGUACAGCCCGAGCGCCGGCUCGACGCCCAUCGCCAUCAUCGGGCCGCCGAAGAAGAGCUUCGCCCGGACCAAAAGCGGCGAGCCGGGAUCGCCUCUGCUGAGGCGGGCGCUGUCGCCGGACAGGCUGCACCCGAGGAGCGCGGAGAACAAGUGCUCGAUAUCGCCGCUGUGCUCGUCGGGCAGCGCUUGCAGCGCGAACGUGAAAUGCCAGAGCAGGGUGGUCGGCAGCUCGUCCGUGUGGCAUCCUAACACGCAGCAGGAUCGGGAUAAGGAAAGCGAUUUGGAUAGCUCGACUUCGAGCGAUUCUAGUUUGAAUUCGUCCGCGUCCGAGAAUCGAUUGUCUUUGAACUUGUCUGGGGUGGGCGAGCUGUUGCCGAGGAUAGCCGAGGAAAAGGACUCGCCGACGAACAACGGGCAGGAAAUCAAGCUGAAGAAGGACGCGGACCAGGCUAAGGAGGAUCCCAUUGGAUCUGUUGACAAUAAGGACGUUAAAGAUGCUCAAAGCAAGGCAGUGGAAAAUCCGAUUAAAAAAGACAAGCGAAGCAAGGACGAAGAAAGCCAGAGAAAGGAUCAAAGGACCAAAAUAGAUGAUCAGUUCAAAACUGACAAAGAAAGGAAAGAUAACGCAGGAGAAGCUGACUGUAAAUUAGUAAGGUUUAAGCUAGAAGACGUACAGAAUAAGGAGAAGAAGGUGAAAGUGAUGGAGGCUCCGAUUAAACCCGAGAAAGAUAAGAAGGCCGAAGGAAGCAAGUGUAAAGAGGAGAAGAAGGUGAAAGUCGAAGAGAAAGACAAAAAGGUGAAGCUCGAAGCGCGCAAGAGCGACGAUAAAUCUCCUGAUAAGGAUGCGAAAGCCGUUAGAGUCGAUGAGAGUCACGCUAAGGGCGACAAGGAAACGAAAAAAUGCAAUAGAAACGAUGAGAAAAUCGAGAAAAAAUCGAAUUACUGCGAAACUUCCCAGCUAAAGUCUGACAAAAAAGAGAAAAAUACGAAGUAGUCGUCUUAGGUUGUUUUUAACGUUAUACGUCCAUUUUAUUUUAUAAAAUUUCGUGUACAUAGCGACAGAGGUGACUAAAAGGUGUAGUAUUAAAUGUAAUCUAUUUGUAUUUUGUUAUCUCCUAAUUGCUCAGACUUGAAUAAUGAUCACCUUAAAAAUAUGGAUGUUAUUGUUAACUAGUCAUUGUCAAAUACUCUAUACAGGAAAUAGUCGCCUUUCAAUUAGGUUUAUUGUACAAUUUUUUUUUCUCAAAAAAAUCAUUUUUGUAUAUAAUUUUUGUUUGUCAGGCGAUUGGAAUUUUCUAUUUCGUUUUUCAACAGUCUAUUUUAAUAAGUACGUAAUUGUAGAAAACUGUAUUUAUCCUAUCAGUUUUCUGAACAAGUUUUUUUUUAACAGAAUUUUUACAACUUGUCGACUAUUAAAUUAAAUAUACCGUACAAUUCAGUAAAAUAGAUGUUUUACAGUAGUUAAAACGUUAUUUUAUGUAUGUGAAAUCUAGAUCGAGUCAUAGAAAUAAUCAAAUAAGUGUAUAAGCGUUUAUAAAGAAUUAUCACACAAUGUCUAAUAUUUAGUGUUUAAUAAUCGUAACUUAGAUUAUUUCGUUUAGAAUCAUUCAAUGUUGAUUAAGUUAUUUAUUUGAAUGAUUUCUUAUAGUGUGAAGCCUAAUAUUGUGUUAGCUUUAGGUACUUUUUGGAAAAAUUUUGUUCAACAGUUCCCAGAGUUUCAUACGAAAAAGUGCCGAGAGUGUUGAAAAAAUGCAAUCUUAUUUUUGUAUUAUUAAUUUUCCGAGCGUCUAUAAUCGAUUACGUUAAUUUAUUUUUUUUGAGCUAUAAUUUUAUGCAAAACCAUUAUAACAAGCGAUCGUGUAAUAAGAAAAUUGAACUGAUUUUAAUUAUAAAUUGUCACGCUAACUAAAAAAAAAUGAUAUUUUCCUUUAAUUUAUUUUAUAAGAGUGUAUUUUAUUUAUUUUUCUUCUUUUGGAAACUGUGAUGUGCUUAAUUAAUACUGUAGUUGUUAAUUUUUGUAACGAAUUUUUACUGAAAUUUGUGUAUGUGAUAACUGUUCGUAAUUAAUUCCCCAUAUCUUUCACACGUGUAUUUUAUUCUAAAGGAUAACGAACAUUUACAAUGUGUAACUGAAAAUCGAUAAUUCCAUUAACAUCAAUGAAUUAUUGAUACUAUUUAAGAUUUUUAAAACAUUCCUUAAUAAUUCAGCUUGUCUAGUGAUUGUCGACUGAUUUUAAAUAAUAGUAAAAUAUCUACUUUUAAUAAAUUUUACAUUUUGUCACUAGAAUUUUAAUCGUUUGAUCCGCUUUCAAGUGUAUUUUAUGCUAAAUAUCGUGCAAUGUUUUUCGUGCAAUCAUUUUAAUAAUACUUGAUUUUUCGCUAGAACAAAAAGUGUCCGUUAUCCUUUUUUUCUUCAUGUUACAUUCAAUGGAUAAAACAAACAUUUGUGGAAUUAUAAACAUAACGUACUUGGUGUGGGAUAUAGUUCUUAAUGAUCGUACGCUUUUUAGUCACCUGGUAUAUAAUUUUUUUAAACAUAACUGUUAGCGUCAUUUAUUUUUUGAUAUUCCCAUCAGGAAUGUUUAGUGCAUUUUAUGUACUCAAAAAAUAAAUGUGUCUGUAUAUAAAGUAUAUAAAGAAAUUUGUUAAUGUGAUCCUUCUGGAAGAAGUAAAUUAUCACUGUUCAUAAUAUACUCCACCUAAAUAUAAAAUUUUCG